AUGGAUGACGAGUUCGAAGACCUUUAUCAAGACUACGUAAAAGCACAUAACGGCGCUGAUGAUGGAGAUACGACACGCUACAAGACACAUUUCGAGGAUGUCACGCAACUCUCCAAUCAAUAUGGCAGCCUCGGUGAGGUGUUCAAAACUUCCGACAAGCAAAGCCGUGAAAAGGGUGAAGGAGGCCCGUCGGACAAGAAGUUUGGCGAUAUAGCGCUACUGCUCCGCCGCAUGUACCAUUUCGACAUGAACAAGGGCGAGCAAUGGACCAUGACGCUCGAGCUCCAGUCUUCGGUUUUGCGCACAGCGUUCAAAGAUAUCGCUAAAGGCUACACAUCCACUAGUCUCGAACAGAACCCUAUCAUAAUCAGCGAGCCAUUCUCGGAACUCUACUUCUGUCAAGACAGAAUACGAGAGGCAAUCCAAAACGCCGAGUCGGAUGAAGUCAAGUCAGAGUUGGAGCUUCUGGAAACUUUCCGCAAGAAUUACAUGAAGAACACCAUUACCUCGCUAGAGACAGCGAGAAAUGAAGGUCUGAUAGACGCUAGUAACCUUUGGUCGUUGUUCCCCAUUGGUUCCAAAAUUCUGCUCGAGAACAAGGAGACUUCUGGAAAGCCUCUGUUGUGGUGCGUCACCGUACGGGGGUGCUUCGAAGAGCCGACCGAUCGCGCAGACCAGCCUAAGAUAUGGAAUGUACACGUUGAGUUCAAUAGCUUCAAUGGAAAGCAGUACGUGCCUGUAUGGCGUACCUUCAGGAUUGGGGGGUUCGUGGGUGCGAGACAUAUAAGAUCGCUUCCUGCGUAUCCACUCAGCAUGCACCCAGACAAAGAAGAAGUCGAAAAGGAUCUGAUAAGAAGAGGAAGGAGGCAUCAAGAGCUGUGUUUCGGGCAGACUGAUGAUAACCUCACGCGCGGUCAGGGCUGUCAUCGCCACUACGUCGGUCCUUUCUGGAAUAUCCCCGAGGUCGAUGGCCGCAGAUAUAUCGAUGAACCGGACAGGGCCAAUCACGACGGACGAAUUGUUGUCGAUCCAGCAGGCCUGCAACUAGAGAACCCUGAGUUCCGCGAUAUUAUAGCGAAAGAGGAUCCGAACAGCAGCCGAUUCACUUAUUCCUACUCUUCCUCUCGAGAUGUUAAGACGGUGCUCCUCGAAAUCAGCUCAGAAGCCGGUGACGGAAACGGCGGUAGAAAGCUAUCCGACGAUGAUCUUCUCACUCUACCCGCCACAAUCCCUGCGUACUCGUUGACGUUCAAAUGCUGGGGCCUCAUCGAUGUUGAUGACAUGGAGAAUAUCAAAUGGAAAGACGACAUCUACGACAUGCUACAAAUGGAAGCUGAGCAGAAAGAGAUGGUGCGCGGCAUAAUCGAGAGCCAUCACGCGUCCUCUUCCUCAUUCGAUGACUUCAUCCCAGGGAAAGGCAGGGGCCUCGUAUUCCUCCUUCAUGGGCCGCCAGGUUGCGGUAAGACCUUGACAGCAGAAAGCGCAGCCGAAACCCUUCACCGCCCUCUCUACUACAUCUCCGGUGCCGAACUCGGCCUCCUCGAAACCAUAAGCUACCGCAGUAUCCCCAUCGAAGAUCAACUCGAGCUCAUCUUCAAGCGCAUCGCCCGCUGGGAAGCCAUCCUCCUCUUCGACGAAGCAGAAUCCUUCGUCGCCUCGCGCGACCAGCAAACCAGCGAUGGCAAAAAGAACGCCCUCACCUCGAUCCUCCUCCGCAUGCUAGAAUACCAAUCCGGCAUCAUUUUUCUCACGACCAACCGCGUGAGCGACUUCGACACAGCACUCUUCUCCCGCGUGCACGUCACGCUGAAAUUCGAACAGCUUAGCGUGCAGCACUGUCUGUUUAUCUGGAAGAAGAUGGCGAUGCAGACGGAGCAUGAGCUGAGGGAGGAGGACUUCGAGGCUCUGGCGAGGAUUCCGCUCGAUGGGAGGACGAUUAAGAAUGUGUUGAGGGUGGCGAGUCUGCAGGUUAGGAUGAGGUUGAGGACAGAGGGUGGAGGGGACGAGAGAAUGCAGAUGAGUGAUGUGAGGAAGGUGCUGAGGUAUACGGUGGGGAAUUUGGGGAGGGGUUGUAAGGGAGAGGGUGGGGAGUUUUAUGGGGAGGGGCUUGGGGAGGUAGUGUGA